GUAAAAUCCACAUUACCUUUAAUAGAUUUUGUUUUGUUGAUUUAUGGAUAUUUCAAUAUUGAAGUUUUUUUAAAACUUGCAUUUUAAAAAUCCGAUUUAUUCUUUAAAUUCUUUGUUUUUACCUCCUAUUUUAUUCCUUUUUCCUUUUUGGAUAAGAACAUUCACCUUCUGCAUUUAUGAGAAAAGGAUAUAAUUCAAGCAAACCAUGAAGAACCUGCCUAACGUCAUGCGGAAGGAUGAUGAUUUGAAAGAAAACUGACCACAAGAAACUAAACCAAGAUCCUGCUUAAGAAAGUGAAUAGAGGUGGGCAUCUUUACUGAAAUUCAGAGUGGAAAAGUUUGCAAUAUACUGUAAGAGCAACAGGUUUCAUUCUUUGUUGCACUUGUGAUCCACAAGAAAAGAAAUAUCUAAAAACUUCAGAGAACAUCCUGAAGAAGCAGGAAGAUCUGACCUCAUGGAUUCACUGUUGCAUGCAGAGGCUUGUUCAAAGUUCCUCUUAAGGUGAAUUGGGGUCAACGUGUGAACAAACUUUCCUUGGCCUGGUUUAACGGUGAAUUCCUCAAAAUACUGAAAAUAUUGUCAUGAAAGGCUUGAAUCUCAGCCGGUGGUUGUUGGUACUGCUGCUGCUUUGGACCUGGUCCACAGUCAGUGAUGGAGCCGGAGUUGGAGGCACAGAGCGAGCAGGAGCUGGAAGAAACCAAAAAAAAGGUGGAACUGGUGGAGGAGGAGGAGGCGCAGAGAAGAGGAAGAGGCUUCAUCGCAUCCAGCAUGGUCAGUGUAGCUACACCUUCGUCCUUCCAGAGCUGGACGGAUGUCCAAGCGGAGGGACCACAUCACAGGCCGAACACUAUGGGCGAUCUCGCAGUGGAGCGAGUGUUGUGCAGAGAGACUCGCCACCCAUGGAUGGCGAAUGGUCGGCUCAGAAACUGCAGCACCUAGAAAGCAUAAUGGAGAACAACACGGUGUGGCUGCAGAAGUUGGAGAACUUCAUACAGAAGAGUUUAAGGCGAGAUGCUGCUAACAUACAAUCACAUGUUGUUAACAACCAGACAGCCACAAUGUUAGAGAUUGGAACAAACCUCCUCUCACAGACAGCAGAGCAGACACGGAAGCUCAAUGUUGUGGAAGCCAAGGUACUGAACCACACGUCUCGGAUAGAGAUCCAGCUUCUGGAGAACUCACUGUCCACCAACAAACUGGAAAAGGAGCUCUUACUACAGACCACUGAGAUAAGACAGCUGCGAGAUAAAAACAGCCGUUUGGAGAGCAAAGUUCAGUUGUUGGAGUCUCAGCAGAGAGGAGAACUGGAGGACAUGAGACUGGAGAAGAACCGACUGCAGUCUGUGAUCAGGACUCAGAUGGUGGCCAUAGACUCUUUAGAGAGGCAGCUAAGAGUCGCCACCAGCAACAACACUUCUCUCCAGAAGCAGCAGGCUCAGCUGAUGGAGUCAGUCCACACACUCAUCGACAUGGUGGCCACAACUACCGGGUCUCCUCCUCGGAGCCAGAUGUGGAGAGACUGUGCAGAUGCUUACAAGGCUGGUAAUUCUGCCAGUGGUCUGUAUCACAUCUAUAUCGGUAACAGAACGGAACCGGUGCAGGUGUACUGUGACAUGGAAACGAGUGGCGGCGGCUGGACUGUCUUCCAGUGGCGCUUUAACGGCAGCGUGGAUUUCCAAAGGAGCUGGAGGGAGUACAAAAUGGGUUUUGGGGACGUGUCGGGGGAGCACUGGCUGGGUAAUGAAGUUUUAUACUUGCUGACCAGUCAGGGCCAGUACUCCUUGAGAGUGGAGCUACAGGACUGGGAGGGAAUCUCUGAGCAUUCCCAGUAUGACCGGUUUACACUGGCCAGUGAAAGACAGCAGUACAGGUUGUAUCUGAGAGGUUACAGCGGUACAUCAGGGAGGCAGAGCAGCCUGAUCACCCACGGGGCCGGCUUCAGCACCCGGGAUCAUGACAAUGACAACUGUGACCACUGCAAAUGUGCCUUGAUGCUCACUGGAGGUUGGUGGUUUGACGCCUGUGGCUUCUCCAACCUAAACGGGAUCUAUUACACAGUUGGCCACAACAUCAGGAAGCUCAACGGCAUCAAGUGGCACCACUUCAGAGGCCCUAGCUACUCCCUGCGUUCCACCUCAAUGAUGGUCCGACCCUAUGACUUCUAGGAAGGAAGCUCUACAUUCAAGACACCUGAUGUUUAGCAAUGACCACGCAAGCAUAUGUCUAGAAUCUGCAAAACAAACCUUCCUAAUAAUGUUACUAACUUGUAACAAUGCGGAACAGCUUCUGCCUUAUGAUGCAUCCAUGGUGCAUCUUCUGGAUCUGAUAUGCUCAACUCAUGACCAACAGAUGAUCCACCAUGAAAGCCUUGCAGCCUAAAAAACUUUCCACUUACAAGUUCUGGGUCCAUGAGAGAUAAGACAUAACAAAAAGCAAGAUCAUGUCAGUUUAUUUAAGAUCAUAUUUUACAUAUUAUGAUAGCAAGACACAUUUGUACGUUGCUUUCGACGCCGCAAGUGUUGUUUCAGUUGUUUGUGUACAAUCCCAAAGAGAUGAAUUGUGACAAAACACGAUAUUUAGUAAAAAGAAAAAAACUCUGUGCCAACCUUUCACAUUCGUUGCUGGACAGACAGGUCAGCAUGCUAGUUGGAUUUCAGAUUUAGAAAGAUAUCUUCACUGUGUCCUUUCGCACACAGUAACUACAUCUGAAAGAUUUGGGUGCAGACAGGGUAAGAUGUUUCAGUGUCUUGGUUCCUUGUCUCAUGGUUUCAGAGCAAUGCUUUAUAUAGAAAUUGUGUACCUCAUUAAUUUGAUCAAAAUUUACAUUCAGACAAAGCAUUUACCUUGUAAAUCACAAACCUUUUAUGUUAUUGAAGAGCUUGGCUGUGAAUUUCCUCACUGCCAAGGGUCAAUCAGUCAUUGGGUUUUUAAGUGAAGCCAAUCAAAGCAUCACUGCAGUGAUGAUGGUUAAAAGGGAGGAUGUAAAAUGUCUGAAUCUUUUUUAACAGCUUGGAGGAUGUCUUUUCAUUGGUAAGAAAAAUUUGAUAACUUUGAUGUGUAUGGGUCAAAAUGAAAGAAGAACUGCUUGUAAAGACAAUGUGGUCUGACAUCAUAUUUGUUAUCUACAAAUGUAUCUAAAAAUCUAGAAUAUCAUCAAAAGUUAAUUUAUUUAGGUAAUUUAAUUCAAAAAGUGAACUUCUGUCUUAUUUAAUUAUCAUUAUUUCUGUUAAUUUUGUGGUUAUGGCUUACAGUUAAUAAAAGCCCAAACUUCAGUUUUUCAGAUAAUUAGAAGAUUACCAAAGACUAAAGAU